AUGUUGUCGGGUAUCCUUAUUUUCAACCAGAAGGGCGAGAACCUCAUCUUUCGUGCCUUCCGGAAUGACUGCCGCCCCCGCCUCGCCGAUGUCUUCCGAAUUCAAGUCAUCUCCAACGCGCAGGUCCGAUCCCCCAUCUUGACCCUCGGAAGUACGACAUUCAGUCAUGUAAAACAUGAAAACAUCUAUUUGGUGGCCAUCACAAAGAGCAAUGCCAAUGCCGCCCUAGUCUUCGAGUUCCUCUAUCGGCUAAUCCAGCUCGGUCGGGGGUACUUUGGCAAGUUUGAUGAGGAGGCCGUCAAGAGUAACUUUGUUCUUGUUUACGAGCUUCUUGAUGAAAUUCUCGACUUUGGCUAUCCACAGAACACCGAGACCGAUACGCUCAAGAUGUAUAUCACCACUGAAGGUGUGAGGCAGUCGGAGAGAAUGGUGGAAGAUUCAGCCAAAAUCACGAUGCAGGCAACCGGCGCGCUCUCGUGGAGGAAAGCUGACGUAAAAUAUCGGAAAAACGAGGCCUUUGUCGACGUCAUCGAGGACGUGAACCUGCUCAUGUCGGCGACCGGCGCCGUCCUCCGCGCGGAUGUGACGGGCCAGAUCAUCAUGCGCGCCUAUCUUUCCGGCACCCCUGAGUGCAAAUUCGGCCUCAACGACCGCCUUCUCCUCGACAAUGACGGCCUCCUCAGCCUCCCUAGCGGAAACAGACUAGGGACCAAGGCCACCAAGGCGGCGGCGGGAAGUGUCACUCUUGAGGAUUGCCAAUUUCACCAAUGCGUCAAACUUGGCAAAUUCGACACUGAUAGGAUCAUCAGCUUCAUUCCUCCGGACGGCGAGUUUGAACUUAUGCGCUACAGAGCCACCGAGAACGUGAACCUGCCGUUUAAGAUACAUGCCAUCGUGAACGAGAUCGGCCGUACUAAAGUCGAGUACAGCAUUGGCGUUAAGGCCAACUUCGGCUCCAAGCUCUUUGCGACAAACGUUGUCAUCCGUAUCCCUACCCCUCUUAACACAGCGAAGAUCAUCGAGAGGUGUACCCAAGGGAAAGCAAAGUACGAGCCAUCGGAGAACAACAUCGUGUGGAAGAUCAGCCGGUUCACUGGCCAGUCUGAGUAUGUUCUCAGCGCCGAGGCCAUCCUCACGAGUAUGACAAAUCAGCGGGCUUGGUCACGUCCACCCCUAAGCUUGAACUUCAGCCUCUUGAUGUUUACGAGCUCAGGACUCCUAGUUCGCUACCUAAAGGUCUUUGAGAAGAGCAACUACUCAAGUGUGAAGUGGGUGCGGUACAUGACUAGAGCAGGUUCAUACGAAAUUAGAUUUUAA